AAGGCUGAAACUGCCAAAACGUUCAAAAGAUACCGGGAUACCCAGAUGCUGACCCUUUCUCUCUCUCUCUCUCUCUCUCUCUCCGGUGGUCGAAGAAGGAGAUGCAACUCCUCUCCCAUCUAUCAUACAAUCUCCUUCUCUCCCUUUGUGUCAUCUCAGUCGUCUUCCUCUGCAGCAAAUAAUAAAUCAAUCAACAGAUACGCUGAUCAUCAAACAUUAUUCAGCGGCCAUAUAGAUACAACGCACUCUAUCUCUCUAAAAUUGCCAAAGUUACAAGAAUAAGGGACGACGAUGUCGUGGUUUAGAUCCGCAGUGACCAAAGUUAUGGUGGCCAGAGGCAAGAACAACCUCAGUCACACCGUCAGGAGCUACGCUGACUCCGUCGUCCAACAAACCGGUCAUGCCGUUGCCGAGGGUUCCAAGCUUCCGCAGGAUCGCAUUGGGGGAAGCAAUUCGAAAAGCUUUAAUGACACCAUGAAAAGAUUGGAAGAGGUUGCUGUUUCUUGUACGGGGCUAGAAAGAACUCAAUUAUUGAGAAGGUGGUUGAUUCAAUUGAAAGAAACUGAAAAGUUGUCUGGGAGUUCUAUUGAUGAUAAAGAAAAGGUUCUUGACCAACAUCAUGCUUUUGAUGAGUCCAAAGAGUCACCAGCAAAUCCUUCUUUGGUUCUGUAUUAUGACUCUGAUUUGGUGAGUGAGCCAAUGAAUUUCCGUGAUGUGUUCCUUCACAGUCGAGCUUUAGAAGGCAUAACAUUGUCCAUGAUUCUUGAAGCACCAAAUGAGGAGGAAGCUUCUCUGCUUUUGGAGAUAUUUUGCCUCUGCCUUACAGGGGAAAGGGAAGUACACAAUGCAAUAGUGAGCAGCAUACAGGAUUUGGCAAAAGUGUUCUCAAACUACCAAGAUGAAGUUUUGGUAAAGCGGGCGGAAUUGCUCCAAUAUGCACAAGGUGCAAUUUCAGGGUUGAAAAUAAAUGCUGAUCUUUCAAGAAUAGAUGCUGAAACCUCAAGCCUGCAACAAAAGUUUGAAGAAAGGAGGGCAUCCCGUUUGACUUCAACCGAAGCUCAAGUGAAGGAAUCUGAAAAAACAGCUCUUGCAACUCUAGAGGCUCUAAAAGAAGCAUUCACCGAAGUUCGGCUUUUUUCCAGAUUGGGAGAUCUCUUACUAAAGAAGAAAUUACUAAACAAUGGAGAUACACCAGAGAUCCAUUCUCAAAAGGUUGAUAAGUUGAAAAUCUUGUCAGAAUCUCUUGCCAACUCCACCUUGAAAGCUGAAAAGCGUAUUUCAGAUCACAGGCAACAAAAGGAAGAAGCACUGAACUUCCGUAUUACUAAAUCCGCUGAGGUUGGAGAAACUGAGAAGUUGGAGGCCGAUUUUGGGACUGAUAUUGGGCGUGAACUACUGCUUGUGAGCUGCACACUGUGGUCUCCAUAUCAGGAAAUAGCUGCUGAGAUUUUAGCUCUAGAGAGGCAAAAGGAUGAACUUGAAGCUGAGUUACAAAAGGUUAACUUAUCUUUGGUAGCUUCUCGUGCACGCCUUCAAAAUACCAGGGAAGAAAGGGAGCACUUUGAAGAGGCAAGCAAUCAGAUUGUUGCACACCUGCAAACAAAGGAAGAGGAUCUGUCAAGAUCCAUUUAUUCAUGUAGAGUAGAAGCAGAUGUUGUCAAUAUGUGGGUCAAUUUCCUUCAAGAUAUGUGGGUUCUCCAGACCUCAUACACAGAGCAGAAGGAAAAACAGGCAAGUGAUGAGCUGGAGAAAUACGAGCAAGAUUUUGUGGACUUGGUUAUCCAUCAUCUUUCUGCUUAUAAGAGAGCAUUGGGUCCUUCUAUCAUCCAUAUCAGGAAAUUUGCGGAAAACUUGAAAAAUCUAGAUGACAGGCAAGAGAUGGUUUCUGGUGUAGAUACUGAUGAUGCAAAAGCAUUAAACUCAAGAAAUAAUCUUGAGGAAGAAUAUCUGGAUUCUGAAGCAAAGAUCAUAACUGCCUUGAGUGUGGUGGACAACAUGAAAGAGUACUUUUAUCGUAAAAAGGGGAAAGUUUCAAGGAAAGAUGAACCAAGGGCGAAAGAACUAUUUGAGGCUAUUGAACAAAUAAAAGAAGAAUUUCAAUCCAUUGAGAGACCAACACUGGAUAUGGAGACUCCAACACCAAAUACAGAGACACUAUCUGACAAUGUACAACAGAAGAGUUCAUCUCCUUCUCCCACAAAGACCAUUGUGACAAUGUUACCUAAGAAUGAUGAUUCACUGGAAUCACCGUCAGCUAAGGCAGAACAGUCAUUGGACCCUAAAGCACAACUGGAAAAGUUGGAGUCAGAGUUUGGGAAGAUAAGUAAGGGUUACUCAAAUGAGGAGAUUAGUGAGUGGGAGUUUGAUGAUAUUGAGGAGUUGAGAACAGGUGCUUCAGUAACAAACAAAUAGAUUGGAUCUACUUUGCUGCUAUGAGCACCCUUGUGGUAUAUAAUUACCAGGGAGAACAUUUGUAUACAGAAGACAUGAGUUGUAUGUGUGUAUCAAGUAGAGAAGAUGCAAGUUGUAUGCAACUGUUGAUGUCUGGGUACACCAGCUGAAGAGGAUGCAUUUUGGAUGGGUUUUAUUUAUUUUUAAUGUGAAUCUAGAUGAUCAUAUAACAUUGAAUCUGAUACAAAUUUGCAAACAUGUGAUGAUGUAACAUGACCACAUGGGUUGUUUGAAGCAAUGUAAUCUCCUUGUUUUGAAUACAUUAGCUUUUGGAUGUAAACAUCUCUCUCUCCAGGUCCAGCUGGAGGGCAGUCAAAUGUUAUUACAAUCACUGCAAAUUCUGCAAACUGGGUUUUUGCA